AUGGUCAAUACAAAUUAUCACCGUUCUUCUAGUCGAUAUCCUCAGCAAUCAUCAAUUUCAACCACUGAUCCAUCAUCAAUAACAACAACAAUAAUAUUGUCUAAAUUUACCGGAAAUACCUUUAUGCAACAAUCAUCUUCAUUUUCUACAGAAUUACAAAAUAAGCGUGAUAGUUCGAAUGUGUUAAAUUUCGUUACGGAUGCAGUGAAAUUGUGGGAAUCGGAAUUUUCCGGUACAUAUUCAUUAUCAAAUAAGUCAGCCAAAUUGUCGCACCAGCAGUAUCGUUCAUGUGAACGGCAUAAUAAGCCGAAUAUAAAUUUUGAAAAUCGUUGCUUUACAUGCAUUGUAGCGGUGGCACUACGUGUACUGCAAACUACUUUAUUUACGUUACUUCAAUUAAUUGGAUUACCAGUAUUAGUGAAUGGUUGUUCAACUCGUUCACGAUAUGAUCAGAAAAAAUUAAUACCAUCAAAUCGAUUUGCUGAACUUAACGAUUGUACAGAAGCUUAUUGGGGUUACUGUCGAAAUGGCGGUAUUUGUAAGAUGACAGCAGAUAUUUCAGAACGUCUUAUACCAGUUUGCUCCUGUCCAACAGGAUUUCGCGGUCGACAAUGUGAACUAAUCAACGAUCCUAAUAUUUACUUUUCGCGACAACAAGGUCAAAUGGAAAUGGCCGCUAUGUCGGGUGUUAUGGUUGCAAUUAUAUUUGUAAUUUUGUUUCUAUCAUUUGUGCUAUAUUUUUAUAAGAGAUAUAUGAAAUAUGGAAUGGAGGGAAAUAAUUCAUUAUCAACAUUUAAUACUUUGGAGCUUUCACCAUCGAUAAAUCAGCAAAAACAAGACUCGGAUACAAUUAUAAACAAUGUUGAGAGAAAUGAAAUAAUGGAAGCACAUGAAAAAUUAUCAAUGCACAAAAAAUUGGUUGAAAAAAUAAAUCGUCCAGCGGAUGUUUUUGAAAUGUUUACAUUAACGGGAUAUCCGGAUACGGAAUAUGAUCAACAUCGUAAUUUAUUCAAUUUAGCAAUAACAGGUCGAAAUAUGUCAAGCAGAGCAAGAAAUAACAAUAUGAUUUUACCAGAAAUAUGA